GGAACACUCGAAGGUGCACAAAAUUACGUUUAAAAUUUCUAGCCAUUGACUUAAACCAAACAAAAUUAAUAACUUAUACACAGUGCCACGCAAAUGAACACUAAUUUUCACAAUUUUAUCUUUCAUAUAUUAUUAUUAAUUCAAAAACAUGAAAGAGUGCAUUAAAGUUUCUACUAAAAUGUGACAAGGUCUAUGAGCCAAUCAAAAUUUUUCUUUAAAAAAAGGAAAAAGAAUAAGUGAAUUAAUGUAGAUCUUCAUUUUCAUUGAAAAGCUGAUAUUUGCCGGAUCUGAAGAGGGAUUAACAUGAAUGUGUCAUCCGUGGUUUAGGAUUCUGUGAAGUGGCAAUUCUGAAGAAUUGAAAAUAUAGAGUGCAUUAUGAAUUAUAACAAUUGAUAAUUUAUAAAUAAUUAAUUAGUUUUCUAAAGUGAAGUGUUUUGUUAAUGGUGGUAAUUUUAAGCACUUAAUGUGUCGAUCCGUGGGGUCCUGUUGACUGAAAAACAUGUGGAUCUGAAAUCGGUCCAGCAUCGAGGAAAGCAUCUCCUACAAAGAAAGACGGGCCUGAAUAGGCAGAAAUUAGGAAGACGAGAAUGGGCGAAUCAGCAUUAAGCAUGAAUUCAGCAGCAACCUGGUUGCCACAAAUCGCUGAAAAUCUACGUAUAGACCCAAGUGCAAUAAUGGAUGGUGAAAUAUCCAGAUUUUCCAAACCUCUGCGAACUUUUGCAGCUGUAGUCUCAAUUUUAAUUAUGAUCGUCGGCUUGCUGGGAAAUUUAUUGACUAUCAUAGCCUUGAGCAAAUAUCCCAAAGUACGAAACGUCGCAGCUGCAUUUAUCAUAAGUUUAUGUGUGGCGGACUUCAUAUUCUGCCUCCUCGUACUACCUUUCGAUUCAAUUCGAUUUAUCGAUGCGAGUUGGGCGGACAUCAGAUUUCUUUGUGUACUGGUGCCAUUUUUGAGGUAUGGAAAUGUCGGUGUCAGUCUUCUUCUUGUAGGAGCAAUCACUGUGAAUAGGUACAUUAUGAUUACUCAUCAUAAUAUGUACAGCAAAGUGUACAAAAAACACUGGAUAGCCAUGAUGAUAUUGUUCUGCUGGCUGUUUUCGUAUGGAAUGCAAACUCCCACCUUAGUUGGGGCGUGGGGACAAUUCGCUUACGACCCUAAUCUGGAAACUUGCUCAAUUGUGAGAGACGUAAGGGGAUACACGUCUAAAACUUUUCUCUUCGUCACUGGAUUCAUCAUACCAUGCAUAGUGAUCAUCAAGUGCUAUGCGAAAAUUUUUUGGGUCGUGCACAAAUCCGAGGCUACAAUGAGAAAGCAUGCAACCUCAACUGUAAAGUCACCUCACACAGCUGGACGAGACACCAGAGAGAUUAAACAGAAGCGAAGCGAGUGGAGAAUCACAAAAAUGGUUCUCGCUAUUUUCUUGAGCUUCGUAGCUUGUUACCUUCCCAUCACGAUCGUAAAGGUCGCAGAUGCAGAGGUCAGAUAUCCUGGAUUACACGUGAUGGGUUAUUUGCUGUUGUACUUCGCUUCCUGUGUGAAUCCUAUAAUCUACGUGAUCAUGAAUAAGCAGUAUCGACAGGCUUACGCUGGUGUGAUCAGCUGUUCCAGAAUCAGAGCCUCCCUCACACCCCAUGGAAGCAGUGCCCCAGGACAGAACAACUUAGGCCAAGACUACUCGAAGGAGUUCAGUAAAACUAUGGUGUCGACGGUUUCAAUUGCCAUGAAUGCCGUGAAGAAUUCACAAGACGAUGAACUGUCAAUAGUUUCAAUCAAGAGCCAAGAACGCCCAAAAGAUACUCAAAGUACGGAUCAACGAUAAUAAAUUAGAUUUUUAAAUGGUCUCUAAGGUAGUCCAGAAAAUUAGAAUAAUUUUAUUCCCUAAGUCAGUUUUCAGAAAGGGUGAACGAUGAUAAUUUAAGAGCUUGAACCAAUAAAUAUUUGUAGUUUAGAAAGCCGAACGAAAAAUAAUGUAAAUGUAAUCCUACACUAAAAUCCCAAAUAAAGUUCCACUAAAGAGUCACGUAUGAAAUAAAACAGUAUUAUAGUAUCAAGUUUUCGAAAAAUUUUCGAAAAGACAAAGGGACAAAUGUACUAGAAAAGUUUAAGUAUAUAUUUUUUUCAAAAUUUUUGCAAGUGUACAUGGGAGUCUUGUUUAAAAAGGCUUCUGCUAAAAUAGAACUGAAGUACCAAUAAAAAGGACCUAUUCUAAUACUUUUGUCCUCAUUUGGUCUUUUACUGAAUUUUAAGAAAAUUUGCUACUUUAGUGGGACAUUUGGGAUCAUUUUUCAUGGAAAUUGAAUGUAAAGAAGUAAUUUUCAGAUCACCCCGACAAUACUUUGUAGCAAAUACAAUGCAGCGCUUAGAUUAAGAUAUUUAUUGCUUCCUCGUUGCCAUAUAUUGAAAGUAUUCAAAUUAUUUAAGAUAGAAAUCCUAACUAAAAGUACAAUCGCUUGAGAUAUUGUAAAAUAUUGUCCAUUAUUACCAUAGAUAUUGCAGUCGAUAAAUAAUGCGUGAGACUCAAAGACUUUUAAUCCUUUUAAUUGCGAAAACGUGAUUACAAAGUGUAUACUAAGCUCUUUAAAUAAUUAUUAAGAUUUAUAAUUUGUGAUUAACAGACCAAGAUAUGUCAUUUCACAUAUGGCAUAAUGUGCAUGUGAUGUAAAAUAUAAAAUAAAUAUAUUUUAAGAUUUUUGUAC